AUGUCUUCAAAAUUCAUCUGCCUCCGAGCAGCUCGUCUCGCUGCCCGGCACCCGUGCCAUCGAAGGACUUUUGCUGCCGCCGCAUCUAGCCGCGCAGACCACGUUCGCAUUGUAGAAGUCGGCCCAAGAGACGGUUUGCAAAAUGAGAAGCAGUCGAUUCCAGUGGCGACCAAGAUAGAACUGGUUGAGAGAUUGGCACAAUCCGGGCUCGAGUAUAUUGAGGCGGGAUCGUUCGUGUCGCCAAAAUGGGUGCCCCAGAUGGCAAACUCUUCCGAGAUACUAGAGCACGUUCUGAAAAACAAAUCGAAGCUGCCACAGAAUGUCGUAUACCAAUGGCUCUUGCCGAACGUCAGAGGCCUGGACAACUUUCUUGCUGUCAUGAAAGCAGAAGGAGAAGGACAAGACGCGUACCCUACGCCUCCUCCGUCACCGGGAGUAGAGGACAGUCCGGCACUCAACACCUCGUCCCAAGACCCGAACGCGAUGGGCAGCACUUUAUCUUCGUCCGGUACCCGUCAUGAGGUCUCGAUCUUCACAGCCGCAACCGAGUCCUUCACACGAAAGAACACAAAUUGCUCGAUAGCAGAGUCGCUAGAAAGAUUCAAGCCGAUAAUGAACCGAGGGAUGGAAAUGGGCUUCAAUGUACGGGCGUACAUCUCAGUUGCGCUUGGAUGUCCUUACGAAGGCCCGAACGUCGACCCACAUAGAGUAGCGGAGCUUGCUGUGAGCUUGCUAGAGAUGGGUGCCAGCGAAAUCUCGGUCGCGGAUACCACGGGUAUGGGCACCGCAAUAAAGACGGCGGAACUUCUGAAGGCCUUGGAUGCUGCCGGCAUUGAUAAGACGGAUCUGGCACUCCACUUCCACGAUACGUACGGCCAGGCUUUGGUGAACUCGAUGGUUGCGCUGGAGCAUGGCAUUCGCACCUUUGACUCUGCAGUGGGAGGUCUUGGUGGAUGUCCCUAUAGCCCAGGCGCAACUGGCAAUGUCGCGACGGAGGAUCUGGUGCAUUGCUUCCAUAGCCUGGGGUUGAAGACUGGUGUAGACAUGGAGAAGCUGUCGGAAACGGGAGAGUGGAUCUCACAGCAGCUUGGAAAGUCGAAUGAGAGCAGAGCUGGGAAGGCCACGAUGGCACAAAUGCGGAAAGAGAAGCAGUAAAAAGUAGCAUUCGAAGCAUAUCAAGGAUGAUUACCUUCCCCCAG